GCCACCACAGCCCAGCCCACCACCGCGCUGCGCUCCCUCCAGCCCACACACACCUUCAUCGCACCAGCGCUCGCCGGAGAGGAGAAAGGGAGGCCGGAGGACGAACCCCUAGCUUGCGGCAGCGGCGGCGGCGGGAGAAGGAGAAGAUGAUGUACGACGUGAACUCGCCCCUCUUCCGCUCCUUCCUCAGCCAGAAGGGCGGCGCCGACAAGAGGAAAAUGGAGGAGCAUAAACCAAAGGAGCAGAGGCCCAAGGCCAGCGAGAACAAGCCUGUGAUGAACGAGUGAACAUCGGCAUUCAUUGGCCCUGUGGCGAACCUCAAUGUUUAGCUUAAAACCAACUCUUCCUAUAGUUAUAGCCAUGUCCUAGUUUCCCCUUAUAGUCUUAAUCGCUCUGGCUGAACAUGGUGACAGUGCAACGGACAUGAAUCUUGAACUACCUAUGGGACUACUAUCAAUUUGAGACACCCAUGAUUGACAACUUUUCA